AUGGAUAACAAUAAGUAUAACAGAAAAUUGCUUAAAAGGAGGUCAAUCUCCAUCAACACCUUGAGAAUUCAGAAGAAGAAGGUGAGAAGAGUUGGAGCUACCAUCAGUGACCAGAUCGAUGCUGAAACUCAAGGUUCUAGCUUUGAAAAGGUAACAAAACCUUAUGAAUCUGAUACGAAACUGGUCGAAGACUAUUCUGAUAAUUCCAGUACCUUCGAAGAUGAGCUAGCAUUACCAACUGCGAUUAAGACAAUCGUGAUUACAAAUAAGGCUACUCAGAAGGUUCAUAUCGAGGACUCUUCAAAGAAGUUAGAAGGGAGAUGCAGAAGAACGCACCGUAGGCUGAAAAGCAGUUACAAUGUCAGAUCCAACCUUCAAAACUCCAAAAACCAGAAAAUACUUCAAGAUUUUCUACCAGUGUUUAAGAGCAACAGGAACACGACCAUAAAGCUGUCAGCCACUCCAGGGCAGUCAAAUGUUGGCAUGAGGAUCCAAAGAGGGUAUGAGGAGCUCCCUAUUCAUAACCGCAUCAUACAGUUUCAAAAGCCAGUCAAGCCAAAAAUUCAAAAUUUUAUACAGCUGUCAAAGGUUCAGUUCCAAGACUCUACAAAGUAUCAGAAGUUUAGCCAGGGUACUACGAAGCCAUCAAUCUCUUGUCGAUUAACAAUGUCUAAGGCUAACAGGAUGAGAUGUGCCAAAACCAGGAGUUCCAAUCGUUUCAGAAUUCCAGCUAAGAAAUUGAAAAAGGACAUCUUCUGAACACCUCAGAAAGCUCUAUUUUCAACAAAAUAUUCUAUUCAUGAGCAGAAUUCAAACACUUCAUGCAAGAAUACGGAAGUCUCUGACUCAGGUCUACCCAGUACCGGGUUCUUUAAGCUCAAUAUAUAAAUCUUGUCCAACAUGAAUUAUGGUGCAGCAUUUAGAAGCCGCUUAAUGACCAGGUAGAGACUCAAGUGACCAGAAUUCCUCUCAAAAUUCACAAAGCAUACAUACCACAUUCCUCACGCUACCAAUACUUCCCACAUCAACGCAUUUCUGCUCCAGUCCUCAUUCUGCCACCUUCCCUUCAAUCUCUCCUCAGAACACCUGAUCAAAAAUCCCAAAAGGCCUCAUAAUUCAUAAUUUUUACCAUAU